CAAAUAAAAAAAAAAAAAGUCUAAUACUUUAGUUAAACCAGUGAAUGUUUUAAGGAGAUUUUUCGCACGUAAAAUAACUGUAAUGUAAGUCUAAUUAUCAUAUAACUAUACCAUAAUGCUUGUAGAUUCUAGUAAACAUAAUUUAUCAAAACAAAAUUCAAGCUAGUUCUAUUCGGAAUAAACAUAAAUUACCGGAAAGUACCGAAGGCCACAACACACUCAAAUCGCGCGAGAAUUGACGUGACGUUUUAUCUAAACAUGGCUAGCAGCUGCUGUGGGGUUAAGAAACAGAAGCUCAACAACUCAAUGCCUUCUAUAUGUAACGGAAAUUUACAAGCGGGUCAUUCUAGUUACCAUAAAAAUGGCUAUUCUGUAGUCCUUCCAGAAAUGUGUUAUUUUUGUUUUGACGUUCUACACAGUCAUCUUCACAACUAUGAUCCACCUAGACCUGUCCCACCCUUUACGAAUGAGGCAUACCCUCUUUUUGUGACCUGGAAGCUGGGAAGAGAAAGACGGUUGCGUGGUUGUAUAGGUACAUUCUCACCCACCUCGCUACAUAGUGGUCUUCGUGAAUAUGCAGUUACAAGUGCUGUUAAAGACAGUCGGUUUGAGCCAAUAACCAAAGAGGAAUUUCCUAAACUUCAUUGUUCAGUUUCUCUUCUUACUCAUUUUGAGGAUGCCAUGGAUUACUUAGAUUGGGAGCUGGGCUCUCAUGGUAUUCGUAUUGAAUUCAUCAACGAAAAAGGUCACAAAAAGACAGCAACUUAUCUUCCUGAAGUAGCUGUUGAACAAGGCUGGGACAGAGUCCAGACCAUUGACUCCCUUCUCCGUAAAGGUGGGUUCAAGGGACCAAUCACCCCCGAAGUCCGCAAAUCUAUACGACUGACCCGCUAUCGCAGCGAGAAAAUCACCAUUGCCUACAGUGACUAUGUUGCUCAGAAGCAGAAUGGGAAUGCAUGAUGUCACGCCAGCCUCGAAAUCAGGCAGCACUCUGAGCAGCAGCACCACCAGUCCAGCACCGCCAUCGUCACCAUCAGCGUUGUCAUUACCAUUUUCACACUUGUCAACAUUGUUUUUAUUAUUAUGACUAUUGAGGCCUCUGUUUAACGCUAAGUAUGUUGCUGUAUAGGGAAUAUUUGUUCUAAAUAAUAACCCUAGUAUAAACAGAUUUUGUUUCAUCUGAUAGUCAUUAUCUGCAGUGAAGCUUCUUUUUUUACUAAGUUAAAAUUCAUGAAAUGCUCUACUGUUAGCAUUCAUUCAGGAUUUUUUAACCAAUGUAAUUAAAAUUUUAAUUACAAUUGCUGUCAUGCUCAGUAAAGCAGUUUUCAUUCAAGUAAAUUGUAAAUCAGUCAGAUAAUUAGUUUCACAUGACUCAGUAAUCUUUACUUGCAAAAAAAUGUCUUUUUUAAACUUAUCACAAAAUUUUAUAUAGCUGCAGCAAUAUUAUUCUUUUUUUUUUAGAAUUUUUUUUUACAUUUGAGUUAGUGCUUCUGCUACUUUGCUCUUCAAACAUUUUGUCAAUGACAUCAAAAAAAAUAUUUUUAAUAAACUUGCUGAAUCAGGCACAGAAAAUAGCUGCUUUCAUGAAAUUUCUACUGAAUAUUGUAAUGAGUAGGUUUAUAGCACAUUAAACAUACACACUGUAGUUGAUUUUGAGUUUUUAAAAAUUAUACUUCCAAUACCUGCAUUUCUUUUAAAAUAUUUUGUUAUUGUUUUCAAUAAUUAUUGUCUUACAUUUUUUUUAUUACUGUAAGUUAUUAUCUUUCAUUUUCGAAAUUUAUUUGUAUGCAAUCUCAAAUUUGCUAUUUUGGUAAUGGUAAUAGCUAUAUCUGUGCUUCUCUAUUAAAAUGCUAAUUGAAACUCAUAUCAUCAUUACCCAAGUCACUGUUCAAAAUUAGUUAUGCAGCUUUUUUCUCAAUAUGCAUUUGAAAAGAUAUAUUUAUUUGUUAAUUUAGGUUCUUAUCAUUGAAAAUAUAAUUUAGAUAGAUAAAACAGAAGAAAAUAUUUGUUUGAAUAUCUUUAUAUUUCUCAAUACCUACAGCCUCUCAGCUUAUAUAGAACUUGGCUUUUAUAUGCUGAAUAAACAUACUAAUAAUAUUAAAACUUUAGCUUAGUAAAAUUGAAUACAUUUUUUUGACCUUUUUCUCUGCAUUAGUACAUUUUGUAUGUUUAAUAAUUUUCUGUCCCAACUUAAGUUUGUUUCGUUUUUAUAAUUUUUUAUAAGACUAGGGAUAAAAUUGUUUUAACCUAUUUUUUAUACCAUGAUAAGUGGUAGGUUUGAGAUUAAAAUUAAUUGAACAAAGUGACUUUUUCCGACGGAAACAAUUUUUCAUUAACUGUUUUUAAUGCAUGGCCUGUAAACUAGAGGUUCUUUUUUUUUUAACAUUAUUGCUACUAGCUUUUAAAUAGUUACUUUUUAUCUUUCACUUCCCAGCUUGGCUUUUUAUUUAAUGGGAACAAAAUAAUUAGAAAAUGUGAUGUGAUAAUUUAGUGUUGUUUCACUUUUUCUUUGAACUCUGGUGGCCUUAGAUAUUCAUAGGUCAAAAUUAUCUUUAAUCAAAUUUAAUUUUAUCCAUAUCAGACAUGAUUUUCUAUCCACUUUCCAAAUUUUAGAUUU